UCUCAAAGUGGAUUAUCCCAACUGCCCCGGGGGCGGGAAGGGGGGAUCCUCCCCCGGCCGCAAAUCCACGAAGAAAGCAACGAAAGAAGAUGAAGAGGACGGGGAGUCACGGCCUUCGGGGUCCCCCUCCAACUGCUUCGGUUUCGUCGCCUACUCGGUGAACUCCGGGGACAAACCGCGACCCAAGAUAAAGACCUCAACCCACCAGCCUGCCAAUUGCUGCACCUCCCGGUCCGACCGCUCACUAUCCCCCUCUCCGUCGCCCUCGCCCAGAAAGCUCCGGUGCUUGGACCAGCCGGAGUCCGAACCAGAGGAGAGGCGAGAGUCUGAACAAGCGGAGAGGCGCGAACGCCACUCUAAAAAGAGGAGGGCUAGAGAGGGCAACCCCAACGCUACGCUUGACCUUAUGUGGCUGGGAACACCUUCCACCAUGGCCACCUCAGCAAGUUCCCACUUAAACAAAGGCAUCAAGCAGGUGUAUAUGUCCCUGCCUCAGGGAGAGAAAGUCCAAGCCAUGUAUAUCUGGAUCGAUGGGACUGGAGAAGGACUGCGCUGCAAGACCCGCACCCUGGACUGUGAGCCCAAGUGUGUGGAAGAGUUGCCCGAGUGGAAUUUUGAUGGCUCUAGUACUUUACAGUCUGAAGGCUCCAACAGCGACAUGUAUCUCGUGCCUGCUGCCAUGUUUCGGGACCCCUUCCGCAAGGACCCCAACAAGCUGGUGUUGUGUGAAGUUUUCAAGUAUAAUCGAAAGCCCGCAGAGACCAAUUUGAGGCACACCUGUAAACGGAUAAUGGACAUGGUGAGCAACCAGCACCCCUGGUUUGGAAUGGAGCAGGAAUAUACUCUCAUGGGGACAGAUGGGCACCCCUUUGGCUGGCCUUCCAACGGCUUCCCUGGGCCCCAGGGUCCAUAUUACUGUGGUGUGGGAGCAGACAGAGCCUACGGCAGGGAUAUCGUGGAGGCUCAUUACCGAGCCUGCUUGUAUGCUGGAGUCAAGAUCGCGGGGACUAAUGCCGAGGCCAUGCCUGCCCAGUGGGAAUUCCAGAUUGGACCCUGUGAAGGAAUCAACAUGGGAGAUCAUCUCUGGGUGGCUCGUUUCAUCUUGCAUCGUGUGUGUGAAGACUUUGGAGUGAUAGCAACCUUCGAUCCUAAGCCCAUUCCUGGGAACUGGAAUGGUGCCGGCUGCCACACCAACUUCAGCACCGAGGCCAUGCGGGAGGAGAACGGUCUGAAGUACAUUGAGGAGGCCAUCGAGAAACUAAGCAAGCGGCACCAGUACCACAUCCGCGCCUACGAUCCCAAGGGGGGCCUGGACAAUGCCCGGCGCCUAACUGGAUUCCACGAAACCUCCAACAUCAACGACUUUUCUGCUGGCGUAGCCAACCGUAGCGCCAGCAUCCGCAUUCCCCGGUCUGUCGGCCAGGAGAAGAAGGGCUACUUUGAAGACCGUCGUCCCUCUGCCAACUGCGACCCGUUUUCGGUGACAGAAGCCCUCAUCCGCACAUGUCUUCUCAAUGAAACUGGCGAAGAGCCCUUCCAGUACAAAAACUAAGUGGACUAGACUUGCAGCUGUUGAGCCCCCCCUGGUUCUCCAUCCCACUCCAAAUCUUCCCCCUCUCCCUGUCGCCCCAAUUAUAACUCAAAGGGUGGAAUAUCAAGGUCUUUUUUUAUUCC